AUGAAUAUAUUAAAUAUAUUAAUUGUUUGGAGGGGGAAAAAUGCCAUUGUUUCCAAUUGUGCAGAAAAUUUAUUUAAAAAACCAAAAAAUUGCUUUAAUUAUUCAUUAUAUUAUUUUGAAAUUGAAUGCAUAUUUGAGGGAGAGUUAAAUGCUUAUGGAAAAUGGAUGGAUAUUGGGCUUGAAAAUUGUAGUACAAAUAAAUGGAUUAGAUUUUCUGCUGAGUUUGCUACAAUUUAUGACGAGAAUAAUGAGGAAUUUGAACUUGACAAUAUUUCUUGGAAAAAUAAAGAUAUUUUUGGUUGCGGAUUAGUAUAUCCACCAACUAAUAAAAUAAAUGAAUUUCCUUAUGUUUUCUUCACACAGAAUGGAGAACAAAUUGGUAAAUAUUUAAUUAAAAAUUAUUAA